AUGAAUUCAUCAAUUUAUGCAAAUAUUUGUUAUCAGUGUUAUUCUGGCACCAAAGAUCAGAACUACUUCCGGAAAGGUGUGUUGCAGGCUACCGCUAUUUUCAUGCUUAUCCUAGCAACAUUUGGAUUGCUUUUUAAUAGUUUGUUCAUAUACAUUUUACUUACACACAAUAUCGUGAAGACCAGAAACAAUAUUUACGUCAUAACACUUUGUGUCUCAAGUAUCAUGAUCGCAGUUCUUGUGGUUCCGACGCUUGGUGUGUCGUCGUUGGAGGAUAAAUGGGUGUUUGGAGAAGUUGGGUGUACGUUACAUGGCUUUAUCAUGACAACGUUUGGACUUUUUCAAAUAUUUGUUCUCACCGCUAUGUCGGUCGAAAAAUAUAUCAUAGUGGUCAGAAACCAUUGGGACUCAUUUGUGUCAAAAAAGGGGACCCGCUUCACCACUGGAUUGUGUCUGGCGUUGGGGUGUUUACUUGGGAGUUGUCCACUCUUUGGGUGGAACUCUUAUAAACUGGAGCUUCAAAAAACGUCAUGUUCCAUUGACUGGGCCGAUAAAAGUAGGAAAGCGCUUUCCUACACGUAUCUACUGAUUAUAAUUGGACUUGUGGUUCCUGUUUCGGUGAUGCUUUUCUCGUAUAUAAAUAUAUAUUUCCAGAUUAAAGGUCAUAUAUUCAAUUUACGCAAGGUGUUACGUAACAGCGGGAAGUGUUAUGCAAAUAUGCUGAAGAGAGAGGUCAAAGUCAUCAAAACCAUGUUUAUUCUUGUUUGUGCCUUCAUUGUCUCCUGGGUUCCAUACGCCACUAUUUCUUUAUAUGCUAUGUUCAACGAUAUCAGCUUAAUGAACCCAUUGCUUUAUAUGUUGCCGACACUGUUCGCGAAAGCUUCUGUCAUCUGGAAUCCGAUCAUAUAUAUGUUUAUCAAUAAGGCAUUCAAAAAUGCCCUUAUGGAAAAAAUACCAAUAUUAAGGAAAUGCCGCAUAUGUAAGCGUUCCAAAAUACAGAACGAGCUUUUAAGUAAUGAAACCAUACCUAGCCCUACAUAUAGCAAAGAUUCCAAAUCAUAUGAUCACCGACACACAGUCAGAAUGUCAAGUCCAACCCACGUUGCCAUCACAAUGCUGUAA